AUGCACAUCGAGAAUGUAGAGAAGUUUACAUCAUGGCUUAUCACGGAAUUAACACCUAUCUUCGAUGCAGAGCCGGGAGCCCUGGCGAAAUACGUCCUUGCUCUUCUUCAUAAACCGAACAUGUCCGACGAAGAGAUGCAUGCAUUCAGUAACAGUCAACUGGAAGCGUUCCUACAAGGAAAUACCAGAAAAUUCGUUGACAAGAUGUUCUCUGUCUUGAAAGAUGGCUCUUACCUCCCAAGGAGAGAGCCGUCACCAAUCCCGGAGGAAGUUGUGAAGGAAAGAGUUGCCAAGCGAGAAGAAUUCAAAAAGAAAGAAAGAGAAACGACUGAAACAAAACCUACACGAGAGUUUGGACGAAGUAUUGAUCACAGUGAGGAGCGUCGAAAGCCUCCUGUUGAGAAAGCAAGGAAAGAUGACGUGCAACCGGCCGUGCGUAAUGAAAAGCCAGUACGGAAGCGUAUCAGUCCCCCACCUGCCGACAUGGUGAAGAGGGAUGCGAGAGAAAAUGUUCGUGAGGUGAGGGAAUCCUUGCGAGAUCCACGACGGAGGUCCCGAUCGCGAUCGCCGCGAGAGCGUCGUGGGAGAGUUGGUGCACGUCGCUCUCCCAAUGAGCGUUUUCGUGGAGAGAGAAGAAGAACGAGGUCCAGAAGUGGUGGGCGAAGUAGAUCGUCUGAACGACGUGAUCGACGAUCUCCUCGACUAGAUGAUCGCAGGAAGAGGAGGUGUCGUGACUAUGAUGAGAAGGGUUAUUGCAUGCAAGGAGAUCAUUGUGUAUUCGAUCAUGGCCCAGAUCCAGUGGUCGUUGACGAUUCUGCGCUGGAAAAAAUGGUUAAGAUUCCUGAGAAGCCGACGUCUCAUAAUUUCACGAUCCCACCUCCCGGAUAUCAUCCUCCUAACCCACCUCCUCCUGGUGUUGAGCCACUUUUUGCUGCACCUCCUCCGGGUUCUAGAUCAGUCGAGGGUUAUAAUCCUGAAGCUCCUUCUCUGAGUGGACCUGACUUCUCUAUGCCACCUCCGCCAAUUCCUGUUCCCAUAAAUACUGGAGCAUGGCGUCCGAGUCCAUACACUGUACCCGCUACUGCAAAUGUUGUCGUCCCCACGAUCGGAUACGAUCCGUCAGGAGGAAUCCCCGUCGAUCCUUCAUCAGCAGGUGCAGUAACACGUCCCCCUAUGAUGCGUAGUGGGAUUCGUGGACGUGGACGCGGUGGAGGUAUAACAGGGAGAUUCCAUCAGAUAUCGAAUAAUCGUGGCGAUGGUAAGACAUUACAGCUAAGAAUGUGUCGAGCUUUCUUAUAUGAUAUGACUUUGCAUUUUAAGGUGAAAAAGAUACCGCCGGAACUCAACAAUAUUGCUAAGUUGAACGAACAUUUUGCUGCAUUUGGAAGCAUAGUGAAUAUGCAGGUACGUUUCAAUGGUGAAGUCGAUGCAGCUCUGAUCACAUAUGCUUCACGCCAUGAAGCCAUGUCGGCAUACAAAUCUCCCCAGCCAGUCUUGAACAAUCGUUUUAUUAAAGUGUUCUUCUACAAUCCUGACGCGAUAGCUGGAAGCGCUCCUGGUGUUGAAGUAGUGUUACUCUGCCAUAUACAAAGAUCUGUGUUAAAUUCUGGGGUUAACGUUGACAAACCCACAUCCGAUGCUACUCCAGCUCAGCCUCCUACGGUCGCAACUAUUGAGACGUCAAAGUUCGUCAAUCAGGAAUUGAAGGAAGCACAAGAGAAGAUAGCAGAAGCGAGACGGAAACUGACCAUUGCGAAAGAUAAGCAAUAUUCUCUCUAUAUGGUGCACAAACGUCAGAGUGAGCUGCUUCAAAAGCUUGUGGAUCGCCAAAAAGUAAUAGUGAUGAAGCUGCGAACUGAGGGCGAUUCAAUGGAGCCUCCAGAAAAGAAACGGCAUUUGGGCAUUGUGAAAAAACUCAUGGAUAAAAUUACAUCUGGUAAAAAAGAGAUUUAUGACCUUUCGACGAAAUUACAAAGCUACAGUGAUAAUAUUGUCGAGUUGGAGAAAGUGAUUUCCUCAGAGCAGAGUAAAACAAGAGACGAAGUGGAGGCGAAACGAGGCUCCGCCACUGUUGUAGUCAAAGGUGUUAAGGCUGCCGAUGUUAAUAAGCUAGUGGAGCAAAUGAAGAAAUAUGGUGAUAUAAUGCAUACAGAAGUAGAGCAAGGAGAUGAUCCGGUUGUACUUCUUACUUUCCGGAGUCAGGAAGAUGCUGACCAGGCUGUUGCGGACGGAUGCUUAUUCAAAGGAGUGGUACUAGAUAUCACGUGUCAUCGGCGACUGGAAGGUUCAACUGGAAAUUCGCCACUCAGUGCGGAUAAGAUGUUAGCCGGUAUUGCGCAGAGCGAGGUUUGUCAUAAUCUGAUGAUGAAUCGUGAGGAGAAUUCGCUGUUGUGUCAGUACUCGAGAAUACUACGAGGUAGAUGUCUUGAAAUGCUAUGGACGAAUGUCGAUCUAUUGCCGCCAUUCGAUAUGAUCUGCAUGGAUUUGAUUCGAUGCGACAAUGAGCAACCACAUUGCGAAGAAGACCAGUUGUGCACAAUCGAAUAG